UGAAAACAUAAUUUGCGAUUGAACAUCCCGCGGGAAAGAAGUAAGAACAAAUUUCGCCCCUAUAUAAAGCCGGUGGGAGAUUUUUGAUGGUCAUAGUUUGAAUCCGUCCAGCAGUAAGAACCAAACUCAACAUCCCCAAAAUGAAAUUCUUCAUCGUUGCUCUGGCGCUGCUCGCCCUCGUUGCUGCCCAAGACGACAAGUACACCACCAAGUACGACAGCGUCAACAUCGAUGAGAUCCUGAAGUCCGAGCGCCUGUUCAAGAACUACUAUGCCUGUCUUAUGGACACCGGCGCCUGUACUCCAGAUGUCAACGAACUGAAGCGCGUCCUGCCCGAUGCCCUGGAGAACAACUGUGCCAAAUGCAGCGAGAAGCAGCAGACCGACAGUACCAAGACCAUCAAGUACCUGACCGAGAACAAGCCAGAGGAAUGGAAGGCUCUGAAGGCCAAGUACGAUCCCGACAACAAGUACGUCGAGAAGUACGUCGCCGAUGCCGACAAGGAGGGAAUCAAGCUGUAAAUUGGGCGGAGUCCUGAGAUGAAGACUGAAUUGAAGAUCGAUGGAUAGUCGACCUAAUGCUGUGAUAUUGAUAAUGGUUUGGUAUUUUACGAUUGAACGACAACGAAUUUGGUCAAAUUUAGCUUUAUUGAAUCCGUCGUGCAGUGUUGAUGAUGUGACAAUAAAUGGAUUGCAAUAACUAAAAAA